AUGGAAUAUAAUGACCCAUCGCGACGCCAGUAUGCGCAGAACACAUACGCAGCGCAGCAGCAGACACAGUCCCAGGGAGCACCCUCCCAGCCCUCGGGUCAAUACUCAACUCCUGGUACCGUUGAGCGCUUUCGACAGUCAUCCUACGUCCAUCAAUCGCCCCCCACUGUGCCUUCAACUGGGAGGUCCUCCGGCGAUGCGCAAGUCUAUGGUUUCGCGCAAGGCACCCCGCAGUACGGAGCAACUGGAAGCGCGUCCGCGCAAUCCAUGCAGUACGCGGCCGAGAUGCAGCAGAGUCCAGACGUGCCGCGACCACAGGAGAGCUCACAAUACUCACAAUACGGCGGCGCGAGCGCGCUGUACAGCCUGGGCCAGCAAUCUCAGCAGACGACGCAAACGCCAUACGAUCAGGUCUCGCGCUACYCCCAGCGACCAGGUACUGCGAGUGAGACAUUGGCGUCCCAAUUCGGGGUUCCACAGUCGCAAUACUACCUUGCAGGCCAGUCAAUGCCGACAGGUGCGACUGCGCCCGAAUUGGCGGCGCCGCACUUGCCGUCGCAAUAUCAGCAGUCUGCAUACGCACCAACAUCCUCGCAGACAUACGGCAGUACCAUGGUAGACCCCAGCCAGCAAUCCUAUGCGAGCUACUCGCAAUUCGCGUCAGCAUCGAAUCAGUCUGCAGAUCAAGCAUUCAGCACCUAUCAGGCUCAGAUGCGCUCCAUCUUUUCUCAAGUCCGAGGAGGAGCGCUGCGCGAAGUCGGCAGUCUCUUGAUGGAAGCUUCGCACUACCUGAUUGGAAACGCAGAAGCGCUGGUGCAAGGCCUUACUCGAGACGAUGACAACCUCCACGACGAUCGGAUCCGGCUCUGGGACGAGUUCAACCGAGCCUGGUUGGUAACCCUGCAGACUCAGUUCGACAUGGCCCAGGAGUGGCUUCGUACUGCCCAACCAGUUCGCGAGCCGCGAUCGAUCAUGAGCGCGCAGAUCUUGGAGCAUCUCUCGAGGGAACUUGUUCGACUCUGUGACAGUGUCGAGAAGCAUGGGCUGGUCGACUACCAGAUGGGCGUCGCCGAAGAGGAGAUCAUGGACCUGCUCCUACGCUGCCUUGCUCAACYGGAUCCGGAAAACGCCACGACGGGAGAGGACUCGGCCGCAUCUGCUACGACACGAGGUCGGUGA